AUGAACAACGAAAACAAUGUGAGCCUUCACUCAGCAGUUGGUUCCGGCAACAUUUCGUUGGUUCGUGAAAUCCUGCAAAGGGAUCCAUCUCGUGUGAAUGAUUGGGAUUUGGAAUGUAGAGCUCCCCUACACAUGGUCUACGAUCACGUCAAUGACUCCAAUCCUGGAAGAGCCGACAACGGACUCAUGAUGUUGCAACUACUCAUCGACCAUGGAUCAGACGUAAAUGUCCUAAAUGCCCAGUUUGAAUCGGCUCUGUACAUAUCAGUCAAAAAACGGCAGGUCAACGGAGCGGAGCUUCUUCUGAAUUCUAACGCCAACCCUGACACCAUCAACCUGAUGAACAAAACAGCUUUGCAUCUUGCGGUGGAAGGAAACAACAGCGAGAUCAUAAAAUUAUUAUUGGAUAACAAAGCGGAUCCAAACGUAGUUGAUUUUCACGACAUGACACCUCUGGAUGAGGCCAUCUGCUAUUGUAAAACUCGUCCUGCCAAAAUACUCAUACGUCACGGAGCAAAAAGUAAGGAUAUCUAUCGGAGUUUGCAUCAGGCAUGUAAGUUCUCUAGCAGCGGAUUACAAAAAAAACUAUUUCUCAUCCACAUACUGAGUCACGCAGCUGAAAUAGACAUUCACGGAAAUUUCUCGCUCGGGGCUGUACUUUACUAUGCGGCGUCCGACAAGCACGAAAAAUGCAUUCUCGUAGAACUACUGAAUGAGCAAGGUAUUAACAUCGAUGAUGGCAUCGGUGACUCGGAGCUUCAUCGAGAGGUCCGCCACGGAGGGGAGGUGGCCACAAUUGAAGCUCUUCUUCGAAAGGGAACGGGCAUUCAUGUCAGAAAUGUAUUUGGCGAGACACCGCUCCACUUACUGUCAAACGGAGUUGUGUCGCGCGAUGAGGAUUGGCACGUACGAGUUGCUGGUUUACUCAUUAAAUAUGGGACUGAUCUCGAUGCGCACAAUAUUGUCGACAAAACGCCAUUUUUCUUGGCUGCACAAAUGAGUAAAGAAAAAUUAGUCAAUCUGAUUUUGGCCAAAACGACAGGGAUAGAUGAGACGACACUCAAAAGUCCACAUCGACUUCCUUCCCUUUUCUUGCGUACUCGGCGGAACAAGCAACAGCCGGAACUGUACGAGAUCAUCGUUGCUGUUGACUUGGGUUACGAGAAAGUGGUCGAUCGGUUGCUUGACAUGAAGUACGUUGAUAAGUCGAAGAAAAAUUACUGUCAAAACGCCAACUUAGUGCUCCAUCGAGCUGUCCAUAGACACCGCUACGGUACCAUAAAAAUGCUACUGGAGGCUGGCAUUCGUACGGAUGGGCACUUUUCUCGGGAGGUACCUCAUUUUUACGUCCAUCAAAAUGAAGAGUACAAUUUGAUGACAUCGUGUUUGUUCUGGGAAUUUAAUGACAAUGCAACCAUCAUCCGAGCAAUUAAAAAUGCCUUUCGUUACGUUGUACCCUCUAGAGUCGUUAACAAAUUUACGUAUCUUAUGGCCUUUUACUACGCCACGUAUUUACGAGCCAAUAAUUUGAGUGUGGACUUAACGCCAGUUAAAGGACUUUUGAAAUUAAAUCCAAAGCUGUCGGGAAUUGUUUCAGAAUGUAACAAAAAACUGGAUGAAUUGGGAGAAGAAAAAGUGGGUAAUAUGCCAAUCUUUGAAAUUAUAACAAUGCCAUUGGAUUUGCUUGUGAAACGAUUAAGUAACAAGAAAUAUUUCGAAGCCUGCCACAACUUUUCUUUGUUACUCGAAGAAAAAAGAGAUCUUCCAUAUUAUGAUAUGAGAGAAUUAAAAAAUCUGGCCAACUGUCAACUAAGUGACAACUGCGGACCAAGUGCAGAUAUUGUUAAUUGA